CGGCAGGAUUGCAAACUGUUGUCUUUUUUGAAGUUUGGUCUUUUAUUAAGUUGGUAUCCGUUCGGACGGUUUUCGAUUCAAAAAUUAACGUCAAAGUCCGACGACUCAAUGAGAAGAUAAAGAAAAAUUCUCCAGCGGAAGAAAAAUCGGAAUACAAUGCCAGAGCGAUUCAAAAUAACGAAAUCGCAGGACAAAAACAAUAUUUACGGUAAUUAUAGCGAUUCUGGAGUUUUGUUAGAAGACGAUGCUGCUAGAGAAAAGUUGCUACCCUCACAUACUUUGGGAACUAUCGUUGAAGGAGAUGGAGGCGAAGACCAAAACCUUGUGUCCGAUAAGGUAUCAGGUUACGAGACCAACCUGUACCUUUACUCGGAAGAAAUGGAAGACCGACCGCGUAUCUCAACCCUCAUCAGCUCCCUGGCCAACUACUCCAACACCAUUCCCCCAGCAUCUAACGACCCCGAUGCCAGACCUGCACCCGGUGGUGCUCGGAUGGGCACCCUGAUAGGGGUGUACCUACCCUGCAUCCAGAACAUCUUCGGCGUAAUACUUUUCAUUCGGUUGACCUGGGUUGUUGGUACAGCUGGCGCGCUGCAAGGUUUCCUCAUCGUCUUAUGCUGCUGUUGCGUGACCAUGUUGACAGCAAUCUCGAUGUCCGCUAUUGCUACAAACGGUGUUGUGCCUGGUGGUGGAAGUUACUUCAUGAUAUCAAGGUCCCUCGGUCCAGAGUUCGGAGGCGCUGUUGGUAUGUUGUUCUAUACCGGUACAACGCUUGCUGCAGCAAUGUACAUCGUCGGUGCUGUCGAAAUUAUACUGACAUAUAUGGCUCCAGGUUUGUCAAUAUUUGGCGAUGUCAAUAAAGACCCCAGUGCGAUGUACAAUAACUUCAGAGUUUAUGGAACGGGUUUGUUGUUGGUGAUGGGCACUAUUGUGUUCAUUGGGGUGAAAUUCGUGAACAAAUUUGCAACAGUAGCUCUGGCGUGUGUCAUCUUUUCAAUUCUGGCUGUGUAUAUUGGUAUCUUCUACAACAUCAAUGGAAAUGAUAACUUAUUCCUAUGUGUUCUUGGAAAACGCCUGUUACAAUUAGAAAAUAUAAACGAUUGUCAUAAAAAUGCAACUGGUUUUCUUAGGAAGAUAUAUUGCACUAACGAUAGCAUCACCUCUUGCGAUACUUAUUUCCGUGAACACGAUACCCACAUUGUCCGUGGUAUCAAGGGUUUAUCUUCAGGAGUUUUCUUCGACAACAUUUACGAUAGUUUUCUGGAGAAUGGUCAAUAUAUCGCGCAAACCAAAGCUCCAGAAGACAUCGAGAAGAUGGAAGGACCCACCUACAAUCAAGUUUACGCCGACAUCACAACCUCAUUCACCCUCCUGAUCGGCAUCUUUUUCCCCUCUGUAACUGGUAUCAUGGCUGGCUCGAACAGAUCUGGUGAUUUAGCAGACGCCCAGAAGUCAAUUCCAAUCGGAACCAUUUGCGCCAUUUUAACAACAUCUACCGUAUAUUUAUCUUGUGUUCUUUUAUUCGCUGGUACAGUUGAUAAUCUGCUCCUUAGAGAUAAGUUUGGUGUUUCCAUAGGUGGUAAAUUGGUGGUUGCAAACAUGGCUUGGCCAAACCAAUGGGUAAUCCUCAUAGGGUCCUUUUUGUCGACGUUAGGUGCGGGUCUACAAUCGCUGACAGGAGCACCGCGUCUGCUGCAGGCUAUUGCGAAAGAUGGAAUCAUACCCUUUCUAACGCCAUUCGCUGUUUCUUCAAGCAGAGGAGAACCAACAAGAGCCUUGGUUCUCACGCUACUGAUUUGCCAAUGUGGUAUUUUACUGGGCAACGUCGAUUAUCUGGCACCAUUGUUGUCAAUGUUUUUCUUGAUGUGUUACGGCUUCGUGAACCUGGCCUGUGCCCUGCAAACCCUUCUCAGAACACCAAACUGGCGACCCAGGUUCAAAUACUACCACUGGUCUUUAUCCUUCAUUGGUUUAUCCCUGUGUGUAGCUAUUAUGUUUAUGACCUCAUGGUAUUAUGCCCUUAUCGCUAUGGGUAUGGCUGGUAUGAUCUACAAAUACAUCGAAUAUAGAGGAGCUGAGAAAGAAUGGGGUGAUGGUAUCAGGGGUAUGGCUCUGUCGGCGGCAAGAUACUCCUUGCUCCGUCUAGACGAAGGACCUCCUCACACCAAGAACUGGCGGCCUCAAAUUCUCAUCUUGGUCAAACUGACCUCAGAUUACGUACCAAAAUAUAGAAAACUGUUUUCGUUCGCUUCCCAGUUGAAAGCAGGUAAAGGUCUGACGGUUUGUGCUUCGGUCAUCCACGGGGAUUACACUAGGUCCUAUGGAGAAGCAAUGGCUGCCAAGCAAAGCUUGAGGAAAACUAUGGAUGAGGAAAAAGUGAAAGGUUUCGUGGACAUCCUGGUGGCUCGAAAUAUUAGCGAUGGGUUAUCUCACUUAGUCCAAACGACAGGUCUUGGUGGGAUGAAACCGAAUACCGUCAUCUUAGGUUGGCCCUACGGGUGGCGUCAGUCUGAAGACGAAAGAACAUGGCAGGUUUUCCUACAGACAGUCCGUAAUGUAACUGCUGCCCAUAUGGCCUUGUUAGUCCCCAAAGGCAUCAACUUCUUCCCGAAUUCCACAGACAAAGUUGUUGGAAACAUCGACAUCUGGUGGAUCGUUCAUGAUGGUGGCUUGCUGAUGUUACUUCCGUUCUUGUUGAAACAACACCGAACCUGGAAGAACUGUAAGAUGCGGAUAUUCACUGUUGCCCAACUUGAGGACAAUUCCAUCCAGAUGAAGAAGGAUUUGAAGACUUUCUUGUACCAUCUGAGAAUUGCCGCAGAAGUAGAAGUGGUGGAAAUGAUGGACAGUGACAUAUCCGCCUACACUUAUGAACGGACAUUGAUGAUGGAGCAACGUAAUCAGAUGCUGCGAGAGCUUCAGUUGAACAAGAAGGAAAGCUUAGGCCUUGUUCAGUCACUGGCGGAUUUCAACGAGAUCUCAACCAAAGAAAAUCUACCACUGGUACAGUCUAUAGUAGAUCAGCAUCAUCAGGAUCCAAAGAUAGCCUCGAAGGUAAGAUUCCAAGAACCAGGUUCUGGAGGCGAGGAACCACCGAAGGACAACAAGAAUUGUGAGGCUGAACCAACAAAUGAGCCAGUGAAUCGAGAUGAAAAACCAGGCGAUUGUGAUAAUUCAACCAGUGAGAAGGAAGACCCUUCAGAGAAGGAAUGUAACGAUGAGAAGAAAUAUGAUUCAGCGGAGGAAGAAAAGAAACCAACCAAGAUUACACCGGAUGAAGGAAAUGUCAGGAGAAUGCACACUGCAGUCAAACUGAACGAAGUGAUAGUGAAUCGUUCUCACGAUGCUCAAUUAGUUAUUUUGAACUUGCCCGGUCCACCAAAAGACACCAAAUUGGAGAGAGAAUCCAACUACAUGGAAUUCCUUGAGGUGCUCACCGAAGGCCUAGAGAGAGUUCUCAUGGUGAGAGGGGGUGGACAGGAAGUUAUCACCAUCUACUCAUAAUCUGUGACACCAAUUUUUGUCCGAUUUUUAAAUCACGAAACUGACUUUAGCUAAUCAUUUGAUAAACUUUCCCUCUGGUUAGGUAAAGUUUCCAAAGAAAUACUGGAGAGUAAAAUAGUAAAUAAGAUAGUGAUUUUAUCGAACCGUUUUUGUUAGUUCGUUUUGUAUGUUAUUGAUUCCAGGUUGUCUUUAUACCACUCAUAUGAGUUUGUUGGUCCAAGUAAGAUUGAUAAAUAUAUAUUUAAUUGGAAGAGUUAGAAAGUAGAUGGAUCCGGUAAUGCAGUUGACAGCUUUUACGUGAUUUUUUGUCCAGUCAUACUGAAAGCCAAUGUGUAAAAUCAAAACGUACUUCAACAGUUUCCAGAAUGAAGAUAGAAGUAGCUGACUAUUAUAUGUAACCUGAAUUAAAACAAGAAGCUUAAUCUUACCCAAAGUAUUAACUUGUGUCUUGAUCUAUAUCAAUCUUUAUCAAGUAACUAUUCUUGACUGAGCCCUUCUCAUAUUCAAGGAACUGCGCUGAUAUGAAUACAUGUUUUUUCCAAUAAAAAAUGCGUGAAUGUAACGAAGCAAUCUGUUUGGAAUUGAGUACUGAAAAUUUCAAGUGUAGGUACUUGAUAAAUUUCGAGUAUAUUGGGUCUACAUGAAAGAUUAUUAGAAUGGAUAGAACAGUAUCAAUAUUAGGUUUUGCAGUUUUAGCUCUCGGUGGAUUGUAAGGAUCCUAAGUGCCAAAGAGUCUUAGAUAUUCGAAUGUACCACUUAAACUAUCAGAAAUCUUCAUCUCUCAUUCGAUUUAACACUGUGACAAUGCGUCAUUCGAUAUUAUAGUCACAAUUCAGAAUUUAGUCACUUUCGAUCAGUAAAAUUGUCGCAUUGUAUACAUCUAAAAAUAUAAGUACCUUUCAGUUCUAAGUAGAUACAUAUAUGAAGUAAUUUAAUAGUUAUGAACCUAUUAAACUAAGGACAUUAACUGAGCAAUAUUAAUAUAAAUUACUGUAUUUAUAUGUCAAAUUAUGAAGUGAUAGUUUAUUAUAAUAUAUACAGGGGCGGAUUGCCAAUUAUUAUACUGAUCAAUUUUCUUGAUGAUCAGAAUACAUGAAGAUAAUCUAUCAUUGAAAUUCAUUCUCUUUUGACUACAACUAUUCCUUCCAAGGAAUAUGAAGGAUUUGCAAUGAAAGGAAACAGUUUGACGGUAUUUCCAGUGAACUCAUACUUUGGGGACAUAAAAUGUAUAAUUGAUAAAAUAUAGAUAUAUAAAUAUAAUAACCAAUAUAUUUCUAUACUCGCCCUUUUUGUCAAAAAAAAUUGUGUAUAUACUCCAGAAAAGAGAACACAUAAUGAACAUUCAAAAACCCCAUUAUGAUAAAGAAGGCUUCUACUAGUGUUCCUUCUUUUUCAAUAUUACUUUUAAUCCUUUCACAUUCGUUAUUUGUUCUGUCUAAACUUGUAACUAAAAGUCUUGAUUUUAUUUACGUGUGUAAAUCUUUUAAUAUUUAUGUACUGUUUUAUGUAUAUCGAAUACAUAUAUAGGUAUUUUUGAUUCGAAACAAUUCGCCCCUCAUAUCGUAGGUCUUAGAUAAAUGGAUGUCUUUGAAAUUUAUAUUGUUGUUUUGAAAUAUAGAGCACUAAAUGUUGUUAGAACUUAGAAGUUUAGAUCGUAAAAAAUUUGCUCAUAUUGACAUGGUCAAGAAAUCUUCGCGCAUGCACACAUAUAUGAGUACUUAAAUGUUCAUAUGAGUGUCCCAUUUUAGUGUGACAUUUUCGAAAUUAAAUUUGAGACCACCAAUGAUGGCGUUAAAGUGCCAUUCAGAUAUGAAUGUCACAAAAAAUGGGGCAUUUUGUAUUUCUGUGAUGUGUGGGUAAUCAAAAUUCAAAGCCUGUUUCAAAUGUACAAUCUUUAUAUACUAAAAUUAUGCUGUGGUCUACUGAUAAUUUCACCCAUGAAGUAAUAAAUUGGUUCGUUUCGAGACCCUUAUAAUGAUUUGAUGUCUUCAUAUACCGCACCAUUAGAGAUUUUGAUCGAAGCCAAAAAUCGUUUGUAGCCCAUUAUUUUGACGCACUCCAACAUUAAUCUGGUCGCAGGACUAACUGUUGGAGUGGAUAGAAAGCUGUUCCUUUGAAAUAUUAGUCCCUAAUUUUUAUUAAAGUUUUCCUUGAUAACUAGAAAUUAUCGGUCGAUCUCUAAAUGGAAAUUGAGAAAACGGAUUAUCCUAUCAGUGGCACUGCUCAAAAGUGUACACAAUUGUGACAGCUAAAGCAAGCUGUGACCGCGCUAAUAGCGCAUAGAUAGUGCACUAGUGAUCUCAACUAGCCUUAAAGGUACCUUGAUAUAUUGAAUUCUAUUUAUAUUUAUCUAUAUAUUAUAUAUUUCACUGAAUUAGUUACUAUUAGAUAACGCCAUUGAACAUCACCUAGUCGUAUUUAACGGUGCCUCAGAAAGGUGGCGUUUUCUAUUAUAUUAUAUUUUCACUAUGAAUCUAAAAUUGUUGAAAUUUUUUCCUAUUGCGAGAGAUUUUUUUUCGCCAAUAUAUCAUUCGGAUCUUUUCGAAAUUGUUUUAUUAUGAAUUGGUCAAAACCGCAAUCAUCAUCCAGACCAAUAUAACUAAAUAAAUAAAGAAUAACACCACAGCAAUGUUGAUGCUGAAAAAGUGCCAACAAUUUUAAAAACCAAUUGUUUUCGACAUAUCAGGAAGAACAAAGCACAACCAAAUAUUGGCUCAUCAUCUCAACAAAUUGAAUAAAAUCAUUCAGGAGUAGCAGAGAUAGAAUCUUUCAUAAAACGACUCACAAGUCAAAGGAAUACUAAAUCUUUUAUCGAAAUUAAUUCAAUACGUGGUGGACUAUAUGAAGUCACAGAAAUCUUAUAUAUUCAUAGGUACAGUUGAACCAUCAGAACGCUGAAGAAUACACUUCUAAUUUUUUUAACUGUAUACCUACCUUAAAACUAAAGAAAAUAGUUUGAAAACUAAGAAAUUAAGAGUUUCUUCUAAAUAUUCAACAUUUCAUCAUUGAUGUGCUUCUAAAAUAUCACGCAUUUUACACUUACAGUCGAUAAAAGCCUGAUAUAAUAUAGCAAGCAUAUUCCAUUGCGUAUUGAACUAAUUUUAACGGAUUUUUUUGAGCUGAAACUAACUCUACGAAAUGAUUUUAUUCAAUCUUUAUACUCAACUAGAUACUACUUGAAAUAGUUCACAUGGGGCAAUAGAUCUUCUCAUAAUUUUUCAUUCAAACUUUCUGCAAAAUGGAAGAUGGCUUUGUUCUGAAUGAAUCAUUUAGUAAUAAUAUGAAGAACUCAAUUGUUUAAGUAAUUUUUUAUUAGAUCUCCAAUGCACAAGAACCAAAAGGAGGUUGUUCCUUUUUAUGGUUCUUUUUGAAUGAUGGAUAAUUUUGAUCUGUUAACAUUAUCUGAUUACACCUUAUUUUGACGAUUUGUUCAUUGGGUGAAGUAUGAAAUAAAUUAUACAUAGUGA